GGCGUUGUUGUGUAUAGACUAGACCACUUCGUGGCCCUAAGGGUUUUACCAUAGUGAAUAGAUCCAUAAUAAAAAUGUUCAGUUCCUGUUGCAUGUAUACAGACGAAAGAGGAUCUGCUUUCUUGUACAACGAUCUACCCUAGAUCAGCGGAUUUCGGGAAUUUUGUAUCAGGAAACCUAGUUCAAAACUGGGAGCGGGGCACAUUGAUGAAUGUAGAGAAACUCACGGAUUAUCGAGGAGAAUGUCCUAGGGCAACCAUCACGCCAACACUGACAACCGCAGCCUCAUCUCCUGCUCCCUGUGACAGCCUCAUCCCACAGGGACUAUUGGUACCUGCCGGUCCUCCGUGGGGUCCUCACGGCCUGCAAACAAGCCCCACUUGUUCCCCAGCCCUCCCGCCUUCCUCCUCCUCCCUUUACCCCAGCCCCAACUCCCCGUCGACAUGUCCAUCGCCCUGAAGCAGGUCUUCAACAAGGACAAGACCUUCCGGCCCAAGCGCAAGUUCGAGCCGGGGACGCAGCGCUUCGAGCUGCACAAGAAGGCCCAGGCGUCCCUGAGCUCCGGCGUGGACCUGCGCGCCUCCGUGCAGCUCCCCCACGGCGAGGACCUCAACGACUGGGUGGCCGUGCACGUGGUGGACUUCUUCAACCGCAUCAACCUCAUCUACGGGACCGUGUGCGAGUUCUGCACGGAGGAGAGCUGCCCCGUCAUGUCUGGGGGCCCGAGGUAUGAGUACCGCUGGCAGGACGACCGCAAGUUCAAGAAGCCCACGGCCCUCCCGGCCCCCAAGUAUAUGAACUUGCUGAUGGACUGGAUCGAGGUCCAGAUUAAUAACGAAGACAUCUUCCCCACCAGCAUAGGUAUCCCCUUCCCCAAGAACUUCAUCCAGAUCUGUAAGAAGAUCCUGUGUCGUCUCUUCAGGGUCUUCGUUCACGUCUACAUCCAUCACUUUGACCGCAUCAUCGUCAUGGGAGCAGAGGCACAUGUCAACACCUGUUACAAGCACUUUUACUUCUUUGGCACGGAACUCAACCUCAUAGACCGAAAGGAGCUGGAGCCUUUGAAAGAGAUGACUCUGAGGAUGUGUCAUUGAGCCACUGGAAUGCAGCUUUGAAUGCAUCCCCACCCCCCUCCCUAUCAACCUUGUUCACGCCUGGUAACCAUGGAGACUGGAUGCUGUCAUCAGAGGGAUUCUGACGGCCAGGUGGACGACCUGCAGAUUGGGUCUUGAUUACUUGGGAUACUGGAGGACUGCAUCGACCUGCUGGGAAUACAAACACAGGGUUUACUUCAUGUGACCACCAGGGGUCUCUCCAGCGCCGAGUAUUGUAUUUUAGACUGUUGGAGCAAGUUGUGCAAAUGCUGCUCUUGAUGAAUACACUGAUAAGAGUAUGAUUCGGGAUGUUUAUUUGGUGUCGGUUACAGUUUUGUUGAAUCUCUUUUGUGUUUCGGACCAGCGUUUGGCAGAAAUGAAAUGGCUAGGUGAAAAUCACAUGUUCUUGUAUGUUGUGCGUCUUUGCUUUUAUCAUUUUAAUGUGGACAUUGCCAAAAAGUUAGGUUUUAUUAAAAAAGUUCAACAUUUUGGAUGAAGACUUGAAUUAACAUUGAGUGGAUUAACCACCAGGUUGGACCAUAAAUGUGGUGAAAAUAGUUAAUUACAAUGGCAUUUGUUUGAUCAAAUUUGAUAACAUAAAUUACAUUUAUGUUCAAAGACACAAUCAUUUUAAAGGAAGACAUCUGGCAACAAAAUAGGUUUCAACAGCAUAAAUAUUUUCUAAUUAAUAUGAAAACUUUCUAAAUGGUACGUGAAAGGAUUCGUUUGUGUAAAUAAGAAUCCCAUGUUUUAUUCCCUCCAACAAUCUCAAACUGUUUCUUGGUCAGGUGACCAAAGAAGUAAUCUCAACUUAAUUCGUACAUCUUUUCUCUGAAAUGACUUCCACUGUUAUGACCUGUUUCUUCUUCAGUGGAAUAUUCUGGAUUCAAACAUCUUUGGGAAGGCCAUUGUGCCUUGGUGGAUACAAAAUUUAAAGCGCAAUCUACUUGUGAAAUCAUUUUGCAGACUUUAUUUGACUGUCCGCCAACACAUCCGACACACCUUAGGUUGUGUGCAUCUGUACUUGUCUAUUGGGCACCAGACGGUUUUGUGACUCAUUUGGGGGUUUCAGAAGCUCGACACUGUAACAAAUGAGUCGUGUGUGUUGAAUGAUAUGACACAUAGAGCUAAAGUAUUUAACGUCAUGACUCCAUGUUAACACCACAGCAAUAAAGUAUAUUUUGAUUCAUUGAAUAAAAUGUCUUCUAAUGUCUUCUCAU